GCCGCAAUGGUCAAUCUGCGACGAGUUUGGUUAAUCUUUGCACUCGCUGUGGGAGUUUGUCUGGCAGGCCCCUGUACGGUGGUUCUACGUACAGAUAUCCCUGCUCGUGAUCCUGUUUAUGUACGAGUUGAGAAUGGCCAGGCCCACCUGUGGGCUCCAGAUGGCCCAGCACUGAUCUGGAACUCAACUCAGGAAGUAACGGCAUUGGUUUGUUCCGGAAGUAAUAACGUUCUCGUAGCAACCAAUGCAGUAACCAGCCAUAAAAGGUGCAUCGAUUCAACUACUUUCCUGGUUGAGGAUUCGGUCCAAGUGACUUCUCAAGAGUUACAGUGCCGCAAUCAGAUCACUGGUGAUACCAUAAACACUGGUCAAUCGUGCGGUGGACGAGGAACGUUACUGUAUCUUGGAUUCAACUCCCAGGUUUAUGGAUUUAUUCCGUACAUCCACUCAUGUUUCGAUAUGGUUCGAGCAGCUUUGCUGUGGACCAGACACAUUCUUCCGGGGGCAGCCGUUCGAGGAUCAAUGGUUGAGUCCAGUCGACCAGCAUGGAAGGUUGCAGGUAUGCCAUCCCAUGUGAGGCCUGCCACGUCUUACACCCAGGCAUCACAGCUGGAAAGAUUGACUCAUCUGCUGGGGUCUGCUGAGCAAGCUGCUCGAUUUGUGUUUCCUAACUCUUUCAUGGCUCGUGGUCACAUGUCUCCCGAUGCGGACGGAAUCUAUCGAAGCUGGCAAUUCACGACCUAUUUCUUCACCAAUGCCGUUCCCAAAUGGCAAGUGGUCAACAACGGAAACUGGGCUCGAAUUGAACGGGUUACACGCGAUACGGCAGCUAGUCUCCAUGAAGAUCUGAUUAUCAUCCAGGGAACUGAUGGGGUUCUUCAUUUGCCCCACGAAGACGGACGAGAUAUUCCAAUUUCUUUAGAGGACGGAGGGUUGGAAGCUCCUCGAUGGCUCUGGAAGAUCAUCAAAUCACCAAAACUGGACGCCGCAAUUGCCUUCGUUACUUCGAAUAAUCCAUUCGAAACCAGCAUUCAUCCGAUGGAAUUCAUCUGUACUGAUAUUUGCGCUGAGACCGGCUGGGGCCAUGCUGAUUAUGCCAAUCACGCGCGAGGCUACAGCUACUGCUGUGAUCCUAACGAGUUGAUCGACAAUGUAGUGACCGCUACUCCGGAAGGAAGAGCCAGGAAUUUGUUGCUUGCAUCGAUGGUUUGAUUAAUCAUCAAAACAUGUGAUUGUUAGUUUCUUUGAAUAAAGAGAAAAAGUGCAACGUUUGUAGUUUGAUUU